CGGGGCCGCGCCUGCGCAGGCCGCCUGCCAUGGCGGCCGUCUGAGCCCCGCUGCGAGAGGGUCGGGUGGGACUCCGGGCUGCGGCCGGGCCCGGAGCCGGUGCUGCUCUUUGACAAUCAGCGCGGAGCCUCGGCCUUGUAGCUGCUCCCACCCCCACCAUGGACGAGGUCACCUUCAAAAGUGACACAGUGCUCUCCGACGUCCACCUCUACACCCCCAACCAGAGACACCUCAUGGUGCGGCUGAACAGCAUGGGGCAGCCCGUUUUUCUGUCCCAGUUCAAGCUUUUGUGGAACCAGGACUCUCAGACAGACUCGGGGACCAUGGGAGGUGAUCAUAGAGAUGUCCCCAGAGAGGAGACUCCAGCUAGGACAGACAGCACCGGGUCCCCUCCUGGGCGUGGCCACAGUGGUGCAGGUUCCCCCCUCCAGGCCGGUGUCCACGCCGCUGGGCAGGAAGGGACAGGAGCUCAGCUGGACGAGGAUGGGGAUUUGGACGUUGUGAGAAGACCACGAGCUGCCUCUGACCCCGACCCUGUUUGGCCUCCGAGAGACAAGGUACACCCCAUGAUUCUAGCGCAGGAAGAAGAGGACGUGCUGGGAGACGAAGCACAGGAGAGCAGCACCCACAGUAUCAUCAAAAUAGAACACACCAUGGCCACGCCCCUGGAGGAUGUUGGCAAGCAGGUGUGGCGGGGUGCCCUGUUCCUGGCUGACUAUCUCCUGUUCCAACGGGACCUCUUCCAGGGACGCACCGUGCUGGAGCUCGGGGCGGGCACGGGGUUCACCAGCAUCAUUGCAGCCACCGCAGCGCAGACCGUGUAUUGUACAGAUGUCGGUGCAGACCUCUUGGCCAUGUGCCAACGAAACAUUGCCCUCAACAGCCACCUGACUGCCCCUGGAGGUGGUGGAGUUAAGGUCAGAGAACUGGACUGGCUGAAAGACGACUUCUGCACUGACCCUGAAGUCCCCUUUAGCUGGUCGGAAGAGGACAUCUCCGACCUGUACGGCCACACCACCAUACUGCUCGCGGCCGAAGUGUUCUACGACGAUGACCUAACGGAUGCUCUGUUUAAAACACUCUUCCGACUCGCUCACAGAUUGAAAAACGCCUGCACAGCCAUUUUCUCUGUGGAGAAGAGGCCAGGGCUAGACACUCUGCACAGCUCUCUGAGCCUACCAUAGGCCACAGCUUUCCUGAAGGCAGCUCGGAACACGUAUCAAAAGCCACCACACCGAACGUAAUCACUCACCCAGCAAUUCAGCACCUAGAAACUCAGCCUGUGGAAGCAAUCACAGCUCUGAACAAAGCCAUCCACACGGCAAGUUUGCUGUUUACACCGAUAGUAUCUAGGACUGCCUUCAAGGCCCACAUGACCAAGGGCAGCACAUGACCAGUGACCCCCACCUGAAUUCUGAUUAGAGGCCAUAAAGGGAAAAAUCGAGACAGCCAGGAAAAGUUGAAUACUGACUAGCUACUUGAUGAUAAAGAAUUAUCAUUGAAUUUACCCGGCCAGUGUGGUUCAUUGGUUGAGCCUUGACCCAUGAACCAAGAGGUUGGUCACUGGUUCGAUUCUGGCUCAGGGCACAUGCCUGGGUUGCAGGCUUGAUCCCUAGUAGGGGGCAUGCAGGAGGCAGCCAAUCAAUAAUUCAUCAAUGUUGUUCUCUCUAA